CCACCUCUGAACCUCGAAGUGUGCACACGUAUAGUAGGGAACCUGGCGUAUUUAAUUUCACCACGAACCCUACAUUGGUGACCCCGACGUGAUUUAUUUUGCCAAAAUCUCCAUUUAGGUUUGGCCACGCGGGAAGCUCCAGUCUAAAGUGUUUUCCACACCCAUCGGUAAAGUCACCCAUGCUACGCAAGUACGUAUCGAUAGCUGGUGACGUUGUAUAAGACUGACUCUUUAUGUAAGUCAAAAGUGCGUGCUCAUCAUACGUAUAGCGCAUCAUAGCGUAUCUGGCAUAUAGAUGUAUGCACAUGACGUAACGAAAAGCAGAUCUUGAAACAACAACGCCAAAUCGCUUAUCCGUAGCGGCUUCAAUCCCGUCUUCGUCUCGAAAGUUUUCGGCGGCUUUGGCCCACAAGAGACGCUACACUCUCAUCGCGCUUCUUGAGCUUUCCUCGUUUGUCCAUGGUUGCCUGCUAGGCGAUUCCCAAAAAUAGUUAAACAAUUUGGGGGGGAACCACGUCCUCACAUACAGCAGCGCGCGCAAUAGAUUAUUGACAGAACGGCCAUGUGCGCUUGGCGCUGUAGUCGAUGGCAUUAAAUGUUAUACCAUAGAUGAUAAUAAUUUUGAAGAGUACUUGUGAUUACGGUGAACAGAAGUAAGUUUCCUCACUUUAUCAACAUUUUUUUAUUGUUGUAGAAUUUAUUUAAAAACUAUGAUGCUUAAAAUGAUUAAUUUAUGGUAUUUAAAGUAUUAUGAAUAAUAUGCAAGCAGAGCCUUGACACCAAAUUCACAUAAAUUUCCUCGCAAUGAACACUACCAAGAGUUGUACAUGUAUUUGAUCGAAGCCGGCUUGGCUGACUAAGUAAUGUUAACAUUUAGAUUUAAAAAUCUCUUAAUUACUGUGAGAACAUAAUUUAGAAAUAUACAUGUUACAUACAAUGUAACAAUUACAGUUCACGUUUAAAAUUGUCUGCUGCAUAUUUUUAUUGGUCAGACAUAUUGUACAUUACAUGCAUGUACAGUAAUACCUCAAGUUUUGCACGAUUUUUCUACUUUCCUUAGCUUUUGCAAGCAUCCCCACCACUUUACUGCGUAACCAAUCCACAGUGAAUUCUAUCUUAGCAUUGAAUCGUCAGCCAAUCAGAGCAAAGCAAUUUCUACUCAUAUUCUCUCUAACGGAGCGCGCUGCAGCCAGAGAAUUCUGUUUAAAAUGUCACAUUAGGAUUUUUGUGCUUCCUUCAUAUGACAAAUAUUUUCUUGUAUUAUUAACGUCUUGCUGACAAAAUAAAAAUAUUUUCAUGAAUACAUUUCACUUAGAUUUAUGUAUCUAUAAUAAAUCAAACUUUAUCUUGAAAUGACAAUCGUUAUUCGCUUUAGACACAUUUCACUAGCGCCACACCAACCCUUUAGAAAUUGGUCCGUAGUUUGGUUACCUUUGUAUACGUUAAAUAGCGUGGCGAUUAUUCGUAACUCUAUUUUUUUCAUGCACACUAAUCAUGUACUUUACUUAACAAAAAAGAAACAGUUCAUCGUAUUUGACAGAAAUUUUUGAUCUAGUUAACAUAAUUGAUUCAAGUUUAAAUCCAGUUGUAACCUGUGAAAUCUCUGAAAUAUACAUAUCAGGUUAUAAUACAGUACCUACAAUUGAUGAUUUUGAAACUGAAACAUUACACUGGAAUUGAGGUAUCAAUGUAUAUUAUUGUGAAAAGCAACAAUCAAGAUGCUAUAACAUAAUAUAUGUUAUAUAACCAGAGAAAUUAUUAAGUAGUAGAAAUUAUUAACGUGUUAGUGUGCAUAGGUUAUGUGACGACGACGUAGAGAUUUUUUGACAAAAUUCUAUUCUAAACAUGACGCUCAGGCCAAACGGUUUGACAAAAUUGUUGGAUAUCCUUGAAGAGGAAAACCUUGACACAAACUUGGAAACUCUAUGUAACCAGUUACAUCAAGUAUUUCGAAAAGAGGACCGGUUCAAUGUGGGAACAACAUUGGUUCUCUUCUUGCAACACAUAGAUUUAUUGCCAAAAAGUGUUCAACGUGUGAUAGCAGUAGCAUUAUUGUUUGACCUUUAUAGAGGGGAACCAUUGGCUACAACACCUUUUGCACCUGUUUUUAUUCAGGUGUUAAAGUCGCAGAAAGAUAUAAACAACAGUGUUUCAAAAACUAAUUUCACAGGACAUAUUCCAGUUUUAUCCCAAUGUGAAAAAAACUUGUUAAUCAGUUUGCUGGGAAACAAUCAAAAAGACAUCUUAAAGAAAACUCCAAGACAGAUUGUAGACGAGUUGUCUUUCACAUCUGUACAAUCUAUUGAUUUAAGUAGUUUGCAAGCACAGCUAAUGGAACGUCAUUCGGAAUUACCAGCUAUAGCAAAAUGUGGACAUCCAGUGAUAUUACCUGAUAUGGAUCAUGCCAAAGUCACACAGAAUUAUAUUUCUAGGAAUGUAACAAAAUUUAUGGCUGAGAAUUUCAUGUAUAAUGAUAAUCCUCCUUUAUGCUAUGAAAGUUAUCGACCUGAGUUUCUACGAUUAGCACCACCACUUUAUCGAUCUUUUGAUGAAUUGACAUGGCUCAAUGUCACAGAACCUUCCCAAUUUACAAUUGAAUAUGAUAGUAACAUGUGUGUUUCCAAUUGUGCUGGCGCAGAAGCUAGGAGAUUAAUGGGCAAGGCUUUUAAGCGUGUGGUAACGCUACAGCAACAACAACAUCUUUUUGAUGAACUAGACAGAGAUCCAAAAUUGGUAUAUCAUAUUGGCCUUACCCCAGGAAAACUACCAGAUUUAGUGGAAAAUAAUCCUAUGAUUGCAAUCAAGGUAUUACUGAAGCUUAUGCAAUCAAGUCAAAUAACAGAAUAUUUAAGUGUUUUGGUAAAUAUGGAAAUGUCUCUGCAUUCAAUGGAAGUAGUUAAUAGGUUAACUACUACUGUGGAUCUACCUACAGAAUUUGUUCAUUUAUAUAUUAGCAACUGUAUUUCCACGUGCGAGACUAUUAAGGAUCGUUACAUGCAAAAUCGUUUAGUGCGCUUAGUUUGUGUUUUUCUGCAAUCCUUGAUAAGGAAUAAAAUUAUAAAUGUAAAAGAACUUUUUAUUGAAGUACAGGCCUUCUGUAUUGAAUUUAGUCGUAUCAGGGAAGCAGCAGCUUUGUUUCGCCUUCUGAAACAACUUGAAUCUGGUGAUAUUGGUGGACUCAAUGCGCCAACUGUUAAUAAUAAGUUGGACAUGUGUUAGUCUA